UACAAGUAAACAACUCUCAAGUCUUCCUCUUAUAUAUACUUAGGUUUGCUUGUUUUUUCUUACAAAUAAUAUACUAAAGAUGGAAGACAUAGAUGUCCCAACGUAUUUCAUAUGUCCGAUUUCACUUCAAAUCAUGAAAGAUCCCGUAACCGUUAUCACCGGCAUAACAUACGACCGCGAGAGUAUAGAGCAGUGGCUUGCCACGGCUGAGGAGUCCUUGUGUCCGGUGACAAAACAGCCCUUGCCUCAAGACUCCGACGUGACACCUAACCACACGCUCCGCCGCCUCAUCCAAGCAUGGUGCACAGCCAAUGCCGAUCUCGGUAUCGAUCGGAUACCUACUCCGAAAUCCGUUUUAAGCAUGUCUCAUGUGCUUAAGUUGAAUCGGCAGCUCAAGGCUCCUCAGUUGUGUUUCGGUGCUUUGAAAAUAUUGGAUGGGCUUGCGAACGAGAGUGAGAAGAAUCGAAAGUGCAUGGCCGAAGCUGGCACGGCUAGUGCUGUGGUUUCGGUGAUUGUGAAAUGUUUUCGGGAGAGGCGAAAUGUAGGGCUUGAGGAAGCGGUUAGGGUUCUUCAUCUUACGUGGAAGCCUUCGCCUGAUAAUAUUCGGGUUGUGCAUGAUAAUUUUGAUAUUAUUGAGUCCAUAUUAUGGAUUCUACAAGACGAUCAUGAAAAUCUUGUUGAGCUCAAACACUUGGCGGUUUUAGUCCUCAAGACAAUUAGUGAAGUUGCGAGUUCAAAUUUGAUGGAAAGAUUACAAUACAAGUUCUUUGAUGUUAUUGUGGCAACUUUGAGAGAGUAUCGUACUUCUGAUCAUCAGGCUACGAAAGCCUUGCUACAUGUAUUAGGACUGGUCCUUCCUUGGGGGCGAAAUCGGAUGAAAAUAAUUGAAGCGGGUGCGAUUUAUGAGCUAAUCGAGCUCGAAUUAAUGCACCCGGGAAAGCAUGUCACCGAGCUCAUCUUUUGCCUCCUGGCUGAUCUCUGCGCUUGUGCUGAUGGGAGAGCUCACCUUCUGAACCAUGCGGCUGGUAUUGCAGUCGUGUCGAAGAGAAUUCUGAGGAUUUCUCCGGUGACAGAUGACAGAGCAGUUGACAUACUCGUUAUGAUCGCGAGACAUUCUUCCAUAAAAGAGGUCGUUGCGGAGAUGUUGAGUGUGGGAGCUGUUGCGAAGAUGUGUUUGAUGAUUCAAGCAGAUUGUGAUGAUAACUUGAAGAAGAAAGCACGAGGAGUUCUGAAGUUGCAUAGUAAUGCUUGGAGGGCUUCUCCUUGUAUUAAUGAUUAUAUUUUUACUAAGUUUGCUGGGAACUAAAUUCGAGUCCUCGCUAGAUUUUCCAACAUUGUUUUGUUCGAAUAUUAACCAUUGAUCGAUAUUUAAAUACAAAAAGAA